AUUGGCAUGACUGAUAACCAAAUGUCACCAGAAUCAUAUGUGUCAAAACAAUGUCAAAACAAAUGUUUGAUUUCGACAUUUGAAGAUUUCCAUUGUAAUUUUAUCUUUCUUGUCGUAAAAUAAUAUAUUUACACUUUAUUAAAUAAUGUCUACUAUAACAAUAUCUGCCGUUCGUCCAAGAACAAGCAUUCUUGAUAAAUCACUCAGUAAAGGUAAAGGAGAAGUUAGUUUAAGUUGUUUUGCUCUCCUUUUUUCGGAACUUGUUCAAUAUUGUCAAAAUCGAGUGUACACAGUACCAGAACUUCAAAACAAAUUGGCUGAGUUGGGAAUGGAGGUUGGACAUCGGGUAACAGAUCUUCUUGUCGUGCGAGAAAAAGGUGGUAAACGGGAAAUAAAAUUGCUCAAUAUUCUUCUCUUUGUGAAAAGUACUCUAUGGAAAUCAUUGUUUGGCCGUGAAGCUGAUAAAUUAGAACAUGCUAAUGAUGAUGAACGCACCUACUAUAUUAUUGAAAAAGAAUCUUUAGUUAAUAAAUUUGUGUCUGUUCCAAAAGACAAAGGUAGUUUAAAUUGUGCAUCGUUUGUCGCUGGUAUUGUUGAAGCAGUUUUGUGUGACAGUGGAUUUCCCGCAAAAGUUACGGCACAUUGGCAUAAAGGUACAACCUACAUGAUUAAAUUUGAUGAAGCUGUUAUUGCUCGAGACAAACAAUUAGAUGACAGAUAAAAAAAUUUUUUUUAUAUAUAUUUAAUGUUAAUUAUAAUAUACACCAAGGUAAUACAAUAAAAAUAUAAUUACAUAGAAAUUAAAUCAUUUUAAAGAAGUAACUAAAGUAAAUUAAAUUUUUUGUAAUAGUGAUUGUAAUUAAAUUUACACAGAUAAUGAAAAACAAAAGUGAUAUACAAUUCUUUAUUUAAGCUAAA